CUGUCACUUGUAUUUGGUUCGCAACUUUGCCUCGUUGCCUAGCGAGGUGGCAAAAGAAGGUAGAAUCUUGGCAUUUUUCAGUUACUGAUCCUCAGUAAGUGGUUGAAGUAACAAGUAUAAAAAGCGUUCUCUCAUUGUAUUUUAUGUUGAUUCUUUCACAUUGGACAUUCAAAUUGCUUCAGUUUCUCAAACCUGCUAAACCUUCUCCCAUUCACAGUUGUUGUUGGGUGAUUCACCUCCUAUUAUUUACUUUCACCGUAUUUGAAUAGGAGCUGGUCACGCCACACUCUGACCAUAGCCAUAACUUCUGUACUACAAUCGGUACUAGCGUUAGGACUCAUCUAUAAUAUCAAGUAGGUAGGUAUUUAUCAAGAACCUUACUUACUCUCUUUCCUGUCAACUCUUUACUCUGACUUCCAUACUAACAUCUAAACCAAAUGGAGAAUUCCUGUUCGUACCAAGUCACAACCUUUCUCAUAGACAUAUCUAUCAUGGGAGAUGCCAACGCACUUAGUGUUGACCAGGCGCAUUCGAAAACGGCUCUUGAUUCAGCAGCAAUGGACUCCUCCCCAAACGACCCAGCUUCCCCACCAUAAGCUAGCGAACCGGGCAUGCAAUGCGAUAUCAAAAAUCUCUACCAGCUUGAAGAUGCUAGAGGCCGGAUUUCAUGGACAGAUCAAUACCCCGCAGACGUUCUAGAAGCUGCCGAAAACGAAGUCACUGCUCGCUUUGCGAUCCUCGUUCGGAACAAGAAGAGUUUUGAUUCGCGAAAGAAACUUGAGAUCCAUAGUAUCGUUGUCCAAAGUCCUUUGUUAAAAAAUGUUUUAGUUAAGGAUUUAAAGAACUAUCCAGGUAUGUAUCUUCUUUUUCUUUCCUUGAGGAGAUGGAGAUUUCUAAUAUGAGUGAUUAGGUGUAACUGUAACCCUCAAAAGACUCGAAUUCGGCGCACCUCUCAACCCUUUUGUACACCGCUGGUCAGAACUCAAAUCAGCUUUGGCAGCUGAGACUCAUGAGGAAACCAAGAGCCAUCUUCAAUUGCUCUACUCAAUCUUGGAAGCUGAACUCAAAGACAUCAUCGCAGCAAGAAACGACCAUAUUGAGAACCAAGUCAUUACAUUCUCACAUCUCUGGACUAUCUUCCAACCAGGUGGCACAAUCUACGCACACGAAUGAGAUAGACGCUGUGCGUUGAAGUUCACACAAGGAGACUACACGAAACAUCCAAAAUACGGUCCAUGCUACAGUCUCGCCGGUCAAAGGGUAGAUUGGGAUGGGGAUCGUUUCGGAUACGCACAUACACAGCACCUCAUUCCAUCUUUCGGCGGUACACUACCAAUUUCAGAACUCGAGGUUUUCCCCCUCGAAUUCCAUCCCAACCAAAGGAAGAUCCGCGCAAAGUUGAUCAAACGAGGGAAAGUCUUUGAGAAGUACCACGGGUAUCAUUACCAAUCCUACAAGGCCUUCGCUCUGGGCAAGAAUCAUUGCGGGCAAGAUAUUAAAGUGACAGUCGACUCCAGAAUCAUCAUUGACACAUUCGCAUUUGGGAAGUUCAAUCCGAAUCGUGUUCCUGUCCUGUCAAACCUCACACUCAAAUCCAAGUCUGAGACUUCAGAGCAUGAUUCUCAUAGCUCUGAGCAAUUCAGUGACGAUAGUGAUGAUUACGAUGACUUACCAAACGGAACUGGAGUGCAGAUGCUAGACGAUAGUAAACGUAUCCCUCUUAACGACGAGCAACUAACUCAUUGCGCAAUUAUCGUGAAAGGCUACGCACUCAAGAUUAAGCAAUGGCUUUCCUUCUUCGUCGACGAAGUAAAACCAAUCGUCUGGAGCGAUUCUGCCUUUAGUAGCCUCGUUCUCCCACCCGCACAAAAGGAAAUCAUCCGUGCUUUCGUGUCUGCGCAGACGAAGUACAAGGACAACUUCGAUGACGUGAUUUCUGGGAAGGGAAAGGGCAUUACUAUGCUGCUCUCUAGUGGUCCUGGUAUUGGGAAGACUCUAACCGCUGAGUCUGUGGCUGAAGACAUGAAGGUUCCGCUCUAUAGUAAGUCUUCUACUGCCUCGCUAUCCCCACAGCAUUUUCCCGUACCCUCCUUCAUACUAACCUCCCAAACCGCAUUACUAACACUUUUUCCAGUGAUGUCCGCAGGUGACCUUGGCGUAAACAGCGCUGAAGUGGAAAAAACCCUAACAACCAUCCUCGAAAUGGUAGCAAAAUGGAACGCAGUCCUCUUGUUAGACGAAUGCGACGUCUUUCUCGAGGCUCGCUCCGCUCACGAUUUGGAGCGAAACAAGAUCGUCUCAAUCUUCCUUCGAACCCUCGAAUACUACGAAGGCAUCCUCUUCCUCACAACCAACCGUGUAAAAAACAUGGACCCUGCCUUUCAGUCACGUACGUAUUUGUUUUUCUUUUUCCUCGUAGUGAUUGUUUGAACGUAUGCUAAUCGCGUGCACAGGAAUCCAUAUCCGCCUCUCCUAUCCCCCUCUCUCCAAGUCUUCCCGGACUCAAGUAUGGAAUAACUUCCUAUCCCGUGGCAUUGCGCAUGAAAUCAACCCAGCGGACGUGGACAAACUCGCGGAAGUCCAGAUCAACGGACGCGAGAUUAAGAAUAUCUUGAAAACAGCUCAGUUUUUGAGUCAACACCAGGAGUUGCCAUUGAGAUACGACCAUUUGAAGACUGUUUUGGAUGUUGAGCAAGGAUUUGGGGUGGAGGACUUAGAGUAGGUGAGAGAGGGUAGUUGGGGAUACGAUAGUGGGUAGGGGUAGUAGAUGUUGGGUUGAGGUAAUGAAUUUUCAUAUCUUUUAGGGGGUGAGAAUAUUCUUGAUUAAUUAGGCUUGUGAUAUAAUAUAGCCGUAAUUCUUAUGUGAUGUAUAUCUGAAAA